AGGGCAUCUCCAGCAGCGACAUGUUCUCAUCUCCUAAGCUUUCCUAGCUCUAGCUCCCUCCAUAGCUGAUCGAGCACCAACAAUGGCUGUCAAGUCUCUUCUUCUGCUUGGUGGCGUACUCCUCAUGGCCUCUCUCUUGCUUCUGCCGCAGGAUGUAACUGCAGCUACAGACUACUACGGAAACAAUGGUGGAUAUGCAAACGGUGGAUAUGCAAGUGGUGGAUACGGUGGAGCAACCGGAAACAACGCUGGAUCAUAUGGGAACGGAAACAACGGAGGAUACCAAUAUGGUGGAGCAACCGGAAACAAUGGUGGAGGAUACACAAACGGGAAUGACGGUGGAGUAUACCAGUACGGUGGAGCAACCGGAAACAAUGGAGGCUAUGGAAACGGUGGAGGAUACCAGAACGGUGGAGGGUCCGGAAGCUACAAUACUGGAGGAUAUGCUAAUCCUGCCAACGGUAAUCCUGGUUACGGCGGAAGUGGUGGCGCGUAUGGCAAUCCAGGCUAUGGCGGUGGCAACGGUGGAUAUGCUAGCGGCGGCUAUCCCGGAGGUCAGAAUGGUGGUUGGUACUAAGGAAAACUCUUGAUAUCUACGUUGUGUGUGUGUGUUAAAUAAGCAGGCAUGCAUAGUAUUGAUGCGUUGAUGUGGUUGGAUAUAUAAAAGCAUGGUCUUUAUGCUCGCAUAUAUGAUCGAGCAAGUCCAUAAGAGUGACAAAUCGAUCAAGCUAUAGCCUUGUGUGGUCUCCUAUGUAAGAGCAUCCUAUGGGAUGCUAAGCUUCAAAUAUUUUGGCGCAUGUUAUAUCGACUUAUAUAGUCA